AUGGGCCGUCGUUUCGCACGUGACGGAGAACCAGAACCCGAAGGAGAGCCAAAGGAAGAUGACGAGGCGCUCGCUGCCUGGAAGGCGCUUGACCGAGACAAGAAAAUCGAGCACUUGCUGAGCAUUCCCUUGUCAAAGGAUGCGAAGAAUAAGUACCACGAGCACAAACUGAAGACAGAGCAGGCAGAAGUUGAUCAUGAUGAGUGGGUUCGGCGCCUGGGAGGGCUUCUACAGUGUUUCGACAAGACCCCGCCUGUGCAAUGUGACUUGCUCGACCAGUACUUCAUGUUCAAGCUUUGCAAGAAGGUUCGAAGCAUCGACAUUCCUCCUGAUGCUGUUAUUCCAGAGGGAUGCCACGAUCUCGUGUCUGUUGAUCAAGAGGAGGAGACCUUCCGACAACUCCAUGGUCUACCGGGUCUCUCGAUGAAGCCGAAAAAAGAGCUGCAGCAGGAACCGGAGAAGCUCGGACUUUUUGCUGCAGCAGAGCAACAAAUUGCCCAAGAGUCGCUAAACAAAGUGGAGCAAGAGUCCGAAGACGAGGUGUUGCAAAGGCCAGAGAAGAGGCCACGAGCCGAUGUCUUCCAGUCCUUCGCGAACUUGCAGCCGAGGACAGCACCAAUCUCCAGAAGCUCAG